AUGCCUGCGCCAACCAAUCAAUCCGAACUUAGAUCACUCUUAGGUGCUAUCAAUUUUUAUGGAAAAUUCAUAAAUCAUAUGCGCAAAUACCGAGGACCAUUAGACGAACUACUUCAAAACAACAAGCAGUGGCAAUGGACGGAACUUCAUCAACGCUGUUUGGAUGGUUUCAAGCAAAUUUUGUCAUCAGAGUUAUUAUUAGUGCAUUACGAUCCACUGAAAAACAUAGUAGUCGCUGCAGAUGCAUCUAACUAUGGGCUCGGAGCUUGCAUUUUUCAUGAAGCUGACAACGGUUCAAUGAAAGUAAUAUGUCAUGCGUCCAGAUCACUAACGCCCACAAAAAAACAAUAUAGCCAAAUAGAAAAAGAAGCUCUUGCGGUUACGAAAUUUCACAGAAUGGUUUUUGGGAGAAGAUUCAAACUUCAAACAGAUCAUAAGCCUCUUCUAGUUAUAUUUGGUGAUAAAACUGGAAUUAAGGUGCAUCAAGCAAAUAGACUUCAACGUUGGGCAAUUAAACUGAUUGCAUACGACUUCGAAUUAAAGUUUAUUUCAACUAACAGUUUUGGGUAUGCAGACGUUUUAUCACGACUCAUACAUAACACAAUCAAUCCUUCAGAAAACUAUGUCAUCGCUGCAGUAGAGUUUGAAAUUGAAAGUAAACAAAUUUUACAUAACUCACUUGAUAAGCUGCUGCUUACCAGCAAGAUGAUUACUUACGAAACAGCUAAGGACAAGGUUUUAGCUAAAAUUCUCGAAUAUGUAACUGAAGGAUGGCCAUCAAACUGCAACAACAGUGAGUUAAAAGCUUACUUUAACCGAAAAAACGACAUAUGUAUAGUUGACGGAUGUUUAAUGUUCGGACAACGCAUUAUUAUACCUCAAAUUUUCCGAAAGCGCAUUCUUAAAGAAAUUCACCGAGGUCAUCAAGGCAUAGGUCGUACUAAAGCCAUCGCGCGGAACUACGUUUAUUGGUCAAAUAUCGAUUACGAUAUUGAAGCAAUGGUGAAAAGUUGUUCAAAUUGUGCCGCAGCAGCUAAAAUGCCCACAAAAACAACUUUACAUCCUUGGCCAAAACCUUCUGAUUCUUGGGAACGGCUCCAUAUUGAUUAUGCAGGACCAAUAGAUUCAUACUACUAUUUGGUCGUAAUCGAUGCGUUCUCAAAAUGGCCAGAAAUUAUACAAACAAAAUCUAUAACAGCAACUCAAACAAUUUCCAGCUUGAAAGAAAUUUUCGCUAGAUUUGGGUUACCGAAGACAAUAGUUUCAGACAAUGGUACUCAAUUUGUGAGUCACCAAUUUCAACAGUUUUUAGCGUAA